AUGAAAGACGAACCUCGGGCAUCCGUCGAGAAGCACGUGAACGAGCGGGGCAUGAGCAUGAUCGUCACGGCGUUGUUCAUCGUCGGCGAGAACGCCGGCGGCGGUUUGAUCGCCUUACCUGGGGCCGUUUUAUCGACAGGUAGGAUACGGAAAAAAAGAAAAAAGACGGAAAAUCAACUAGUUUUUAAAGUUUUAAAAAACCUUGGAAAGUUGCUAAAAAGCUAGACAAUAUCAAAAUCUCAAUUUUUCUUCUGAAAAUAAACCCAAUUUUUCCGAGUUUAUUCCGUGAAAAAUUUUAAAAUGACUGUAACAAAGUUCGCGGAAUUUAUAAGAGAUGAAAACGUGACAAAUUAAAUUCCAAAUUCGAUACAUAUAAAAUAUUUUUCCAGGCGCACCAUUGGGGAUCGUAUUGAUCAUCGUUGCCGCGAUAAUUUGCGCCUAUACGGGUAUUUUGCUCUCCGAGAAUUGGGUCAUUUUGCAGCGGAUAUUUCCCGAGUAAGCCUUUCUUUUAUCGUACUUUGUGAUUUUCGACGGCUACUGAGGCCGAAAAAGGGAGGGAUAUCUAUUUGAAUGAAAACCCGGUAAUUUUUGACCAUUUUUAAUGAAAAAUUGAUGGUCUUGAAGCUUAUGCAGAUACUUAAGUUCAAAAUUUACGUUUUCCAGCCGAUUAUAUAAUCUAAGAAAUCUCUGAUAGCCUUCAGCCGUGUAUAAAAAAAUGAUCAAAUUUUUGAAUUAAAAAUGACUUUUUUUGGGGGGUGUUUUUUUAUUUCAAGUGAAGUUCGCAUGGUAAAAAAAGUUAUUUCAUCUAAUCAUUUUUCAGGUACCGGGACCAUUGCCGAAAACCAUACCCAUCAAUGGGGUUAAGAGCUGGAGGACCUCGAUUCGGGUCGGUCAUAUUAAAAAAAAAACUUAUUUUUUGAAGCUUCAUGUUCAGUACAAUGACAUACUUGCUCCUACAGGAACUUUCUAAAAUUUGAAAAUCAAUUGGAAAAAAAAAACUGAAUUCUACAACUGUAAAAAAUUGACUGAAAUGAAAAAAAAAUGUUUUUUCAUUCUUCCCCAAUACUUUCAGAGGCUUCCACUACUAUUUUUUUAAGGUUUCUGUUACCGUAACUCUGAAAACUACCGUAAUCCGUUACUGUAAUAAAGUACAAAUAUGUCUCCAUGUUUCGAAUUUACAACAAAGUUAAUUCCUUGAGUUCAAAAAACGAGUCUACAUAACUUAAUCCAAGAAAAAAUCUACCGUAUCCCACGUACAGUAACCCUAUUCCAGUCAUUUCGUCUCCACAAUCCUACAAGUGACGUCAUUCGGCGCCGCCGUCGUUUUUCUUCUAUUGGCAUCGAAAAAUUUUGAAACGAUGCUUCACGCCAAUUUCAAUACUCAUGUUAGUUUUAUUCAAACUUGAUCAUAAUAUUUGAAAAACUACAGAUCAGUUUUUGUUACAUGAUCCUGAUCGUCGGUUUGCUCGUGUUCCCAAUGACCUUGCCCAAGUCGCCAAAGGAUUUUUGGUGAGAAAAAAGUGACAAUUUAUGAGCCAAUUUGAUAAAAGGAAAGGAAAAUGCUGGAAAAUUGGAAUAAAAAAGUCUUUUUGAAAAGAUUGACGUCAGGAAUCGGAAUUUUUCACUUUUCCGACCUUUUCAAUUGAAAAAAAAACAUGGAAAUUUUGAUUUCAAGCCGUUUUAGCACAUAGUAAGGUGUUCUGAAAAGACUAUAUCACCAGAAUAUUCUCAAUUUCUUCAAUAAUCACUUUUUUUCUCAACUUUUUUUCUUUAUAAAAAAACUAAAAAAAUCCCUUUGUUUUUCCAUUUUCUGCUUCUUUUCUCAACAUGAUUUAUAGGUUUGAAACAAAUUUGACUCAUAAAAUACCCCUGUUUUAUUCAAAAUGAUUCUUCUCAAGCUCGAAAGACGUUUCAAAAGUGAGCAAGAAUCCUUACAAAAAUGAAAAAUCAAAAGAAAGUUCAAAAAAAGGAGCCACAAGUGCCCUAGACCAUUUUUGACCCUGGUUUCCAUUAAAAAAAAUAUUCCAGGCAAGCAGUGGUGGCAGCAAUGAUCACUACAUUGAUCGCAGUUGUUCUUAUAAUUAUCGGAUCGGUUGACGAUUUUUCGACUUGUUAUCCUCAUGCUCACUAUCCUGAGAUGAACUGGCAGAGGUUAGUCUAUUGAAAAAUGGUCAAAAAGUGGUCCCUACAGGGGUUUAGGGCCUGAUUUAAAAGCUUAAAAUUUAUAGCGACCCUAGUUUUUUUUAAAUUUAGGUGGUCUCUAGGUCCAUACAGGGGCCACCUAAAAUCCCCCCAUAGAUGGUGGUUUUUCCCUAAUCCCUCUAGGGACCUUUCCGGCUUGAUAUUAAUGCGAUUUUUCUUCAAAUGAAGCUUACAAAGUAUAACUUUAGACUAUUCAUGUCAUUCGGAACUAUAAUGUUCGCCUACGGCGGCCACGGAGCUUUUCCGACGAUCCAACACGAUAUGAGGAAACCUCAUCAAUUUACUAAAUCUUUGAUCAUUGCGUAUAUCGGUAAGAAUCUUUGAAAUACAAAAAAAAACUACGAACUUCAAAAAAUUAAUGCCGUUACCAAAGUGAUUCCGGGAAAUAAAAAAUAGCCGGCAGAGAAAGAAAAAUGUGACUGAAUUUUAGAAUGUCAGAGAUAGUUUUGAACUACUUUGAACAUGGCUUGAAUUAAUGACAUACAGUAGCGUCAGAGAAGAUACGAAAGAUCACGACUUUGGUCAAAAGUUUCUUGUAAAGGAUUCAAUCUCCCUGACAAUUCCUAAAGCUCCAUUUUCUUUCUGUGAACUGAAAAUACAUUAGAAUUUUAGAAACAACAGUCAUCACAUCUCCAGAAAGUUUCAAAAAUAUUGAAUUCCUUACAAGUCCUUACUUCGUAUCUUUUCUGACGUUAGGAAUACUAUGUAUCCAAUGACAAAAUUCAAAAAAAAUCGCAUCAAGUCAAACAACCAUUACGCUCAAAAUCGAAGCGUAAAAAUAAUUCCAGCUACCUCUCGGACCCCUGUAACGCAGACCGGACUUUCUAAGAUACUUUAGGGAUCACUUACGGGUGUUCACGUCACUAAAAUGAACACUAAAAUCGCUCAGAAACGUCCGGUUUGCGUUACGAAGGCCCAAGCUGAGACGCUUCAAAAACGAAUUUAUUCCCAUGAAAGUUCCUUGAAAUCAAAUUUACAAAAUAAACCCCCCUAAGUCCUCACAAAAGCUCAUUUUCACAAGAUUUUUCCAGCCAUCGUGUUGCUCUACAUGCCAGUGAGUAUGGUCGGAUACUACGUUUAUGGAAGUUCUCUCACUGAUUCAAUCAUUCCAUCGAUUCAGGUACUUUCACAAAAAUCUUCUCCAGCAUUUUUAUUUUCAGAACAUUCCGAUUCAAACAAUAAUCAGCUUGUUGAUAACCCUACAUGUCGCCUUGGCUUUGACCAUUCUUUUCAACCCUUUGAACCAAGAAGUUGAAGAAUGGCUGAAUAUUCCUCAUGGUGAGUUUUUUAGAAAUGGCCCCUAUAAGGGCAACUUCAGGGGCCUUAGAAGUACCUACUAGGGUGCACUGCAAGUUGCAAAAGUGGCCCCUUUAGGGCACAUACUAGUCGAUGAUUAUUAUAAAUCCGUAAGAAGAACCAUUUUGAUUUGAUAACUUGGGAUUUUUUGUUUUUGUUGAGAACACUGUAGUGGCCACUAAAACCACCUCUAUAGAAGCCACUAUUUUGGGUCUUAGUGGCCACUAAAGUAGUUUUCAGCAGUAGUAACGCUUAGACUGUUAAAGAGGCCACUAAAACUUGAAACCCCUAAAGUGGCCGCUAAAAAUUUUCGCAGAAUAACAAAAAAUUCAAAGAUCACUAUAAGGACCACUCAAGUUUAAGAGGCUUAGGAGUCCGACCCUAACUCCCUCCAGGGACCACUUAAAUUUUGCCCCUAUAAAAAGCUCUUUUCGAUCCUCUAAAGGGGCCGCUUUUCCCCAAACCCCUAGAGGGAGCACUUAGGCUUGAGGAGCUUAGAGAUUAGAUACAAAACCCCUUUAGAGACCACCUAUUUGAGGAGCCUUUUUCUGUUCCCCUGUAGGGGUUUUUUCUCCUAACCCCUAUAGGGACCACUCAAGCUUUAGAAUCGUAAAAGUCAUACCUUCAAACCCUAUGGGAUCCACCUAAAUUUUACCCCUAUAAAAAGCACGUUUUGUCCCCUAUAGGGGCUGCUUUAUUUUCUAACCCCUAUAGGGACCACUCAAGUUUAAGAGGCUUAGGAGUCGGACACGAACUCCCUUCAGGGAUCACUUAAAACUGACCCCUAUAGGGAGCUUUUUUGUCUCCUUUAGGGGCUGCUUUUCCUUUAACUGCUAUAGGGACCACUCUGACAUUCUGAAGUUUGAUUUUUUUAAAAAAAAUUUUUAUAGAAUUUUUGCGUGAAAAGGCUUCUAUCAAGAGCCGGAGUCAUGACGGCGGUUAUUUUUUUGUCGCGGAAAGUGUCCCGAACUUUGGAGUUUUACUGGACCUUGUUGGAGGUUUUUAAUCAUAUCCUUCUUGUAAAAAAAUUAUAAAAUUGAGGUUCUACAAUCACGUUGAUGGCUCUAGUACUACCGGUGAUUUUCAAUCUUUGCCUGACGACUAUUCAGAAAAAACACGAUUUGAAAGAUCCUGAGUACGCAAAGCCUCCUUCUAUCAAAGAGUAAGUUUUUCGAUGAAAACAAAUUUGAAAAAAAAAAAUCAAAUUUUGGCGGUCAUUUCUCUAAUGUUCCAUUAACCAUUAGAGUAAACCAUCAAAAUGAAUAAUUAAAAUAAAGAAAUAAAGCUUUGACUCAACUUUAAAGCAACAAAAAAGGUACAAGACUGAAGAAAUCAAGAUGAAUUAGAUGAAAAAAGAAUCAAACAAAACUUUGAAUAAACAACCAACCUAGCCAUUUUCUCAUGAAUUUCUUUUUGUUCCAUAAUUUCGUUGUCCUGGCUUGAUUCAGUCUGAAAAAGAAAAAUAACUAAAAAAAAAAGUUACUUUAUCAAAAAUUCAUUCGUUUUCAGCACUCUCGGAAAAUUUUCAUCGUUUAGACUCCUGAAAUUAAAAUAUUGAAAUAGAAAUUUGAAAACGAACAAUCAAAAGGGCGAAAAGAAGAACUCAAUAAAAUAACCUGAGAAGCGUGAAAGGUAAUCAAAUAAUAAGCGUAAAAAAAUCAAAGAGUUAUGAAAAAAAUGACAGAUAUGAACCUUCAGAACAUUAUUGAAACAAUUUCAACAAGACUUAUGCCGUGUUCAAAGUAAUUUCGGGGAAUCGAAAAAAAUAAAAAAAGUAACGAUUUUUCUCGUUUAAUUUGAAAACCCGAAAUCCUGAAAAAUUGGCAUUUCGAGGGGCCGCGACGCGCCUGCUACGCGGGUGCUGCAGCAUUGGGUCUCGCAACGAUCAAACGCGGAAAAAAAGGAAAUUUUUCAAAAUUUUUCGCAAUUAAUUUUUUUGUAUUUGUUGAUUUGAUUAUUGUUUUUCAUUAUGGCGCGUUCAGGAGCAAAACGCGAAAUUUUUUUCGAAAUUCAAAAGAGCGUUCACGGCGAUACUUCGAAAUUAGCGAAUUUCGAUUUUUUUGAGAUAAUUUCGAGAUAAUUUUUUUCUUCUUUUUCUUUUUUUAGAUAAUUUUUUUCUUUUUAUUUUUUUCAAUUUUCAACCCGUUCAAAUUUAUUGAUUUUUAGAAAUAGUACGAAUGAAAGCCUUAAGUUAAUUUUUUCGACUGUCUGAACUUAAAAAAAAGUUCAAUUUUUCUCAAAUUUCGAAUUUAUCGUGUUUAUUUUUUUUUCCAACGGAUGUAUCAGAGUGUUUGAAGUUGCAGGUCUCUAAACUAUGGCGGGUAUUGGAUUACCGAAAGUGCUAAAGUUGAAAAAAGGUAAUUUUCAUUCAAAAAACUUUUUCGCAGUUAUUUUUUACAAAUUUUGAUUCUUUUCACAAAAAAAAAUUUUAGACUCGUUAGGGAGGCACGAGCGGCUCGUGUGAAGGUAACGCAAAAUUUUCGUCUCUACAGUCAAGCAUAA